UAUUGAAGGUUUAAAAUCUUUUUUAUAAUGGCUGAAAUUUUUCUAAAAAUUUACUCUACAUCCGACUACUCUGAUGUUCCAAUUGAAACUUGUGUGGUUCUUUUUGUUAUAAAAUACUGCAAUGCACCAUUAAAAAUUACACUUGUACGUACUGAAAAGCAACUAGAAGACCAAAGUUAUUCUGUAAAUAUUUCAGAUUUUUCCUAUACUGUUUUAGACAUGUUUGAACUUCCAGUAAAUGCAGAAUCUUGUGAAUUACCAAAUUUAAUAUUAAAUCAGUCAAGUUGUAUUGCAGGUCUUUGUGCAUGUCUACGACAAAUCAUAAAGCUUGCAAGUCAAAGUAACGUACAACAUUGGUGUCAUAAUUUAUUAGGUUUUAAAGACUCUUGUCUUUUAGCAUGUGCAGAAACAAGUACUUGGACAAAGUUUUGUGAAAUUGAUUUAAUAUCAACAUUAAAACAAUUUACAAAGGAUCCAUAUACUUCAGAACUUCCACCAAAUAUUGUUCGUUUUGAGGCACAUAUGGCACAACCAGUUCGUCUACAUAAUAUUAAAAAAUAUACAACAUCUAAAAAAUUUAUUUUAGAAAAUUUGAUUUUAAAAGAUGAGUGUAAUUCAACUUUAGAACAUUGCUAUGCGGAAGGAUCAUUCAUGACAUUGGCUGAUUUAAUUAUUUUCAUCUGUUUUCAUAUUCUUUUUAUGUUUCUAGAAAAAGAGAAACUAUUUAAAUUAUUACCACUCACUGGAAAGUGGUAUAAUAGAAUUCGAGAAACUGAAAGAAUAGAAAAAUGUCUAAACAUUUUCCCUCGAGAAAUUAAAAAUAUUUCGGCUACAGAUUAUUUACCACCAAUACUUUCCGAUCAUCAAAGUCUUUAUAAAAGUGAUGCUAAACGGUAUAAACCAAAAAGUAAAUGGUUCACAAAACAAGAAGAUGUUGAAAAGUCAUUGGAAUUAUCUAGAAAAAUAAUUAUCAAUUCGAAAUUUACAUCUGUAACUGACUUGAAUGAUUUUCAAAUAGAUUGGAAUAAAAUACCUGCAGAAGCAACACCAGAAGGUGGUUUGUUACCUUUAAAACGGUUACAAAAGAAAUUUCAUCAAUUAGAAAAUUUGUGUAAACCAGUCAUCAAAUUAGCAUCACCCGGUGAUGUUAUUGUUGAUUUUUGCUCUGGAAGUGGACAUUUAGGUAUUUUGGUUGCUUAUUUAUUACCUCAAUGCACAAUAGUCUUAUUAGAAAAUAAAGAAAUUUCACUCAAUCGAUCUAAAGAACGAGUAAAAAAAUUGAAAAUGACAAAUAUAAAAUUUUUUCAAUGUAACAUAGAUUACUUUAAAGGCUCUUUCAAUAUAGGAAUGUCACUUCAUGCCUGUGGAGUAGCAACAGAUUUAGUAAUUCAACAUUGUCUUCGCCAAAGUGCAAUCUUUGUAAGCUGUCCAUGUUGUUAUGGAUCAAUUCAAGAUUGUCAUCAUAUAACAUAUCCUCGUAGUAAUAUUUUUAAAAGUAAAAUUAAUCUGCGAGAUUACUUAAUUUUAUGUCAUGCUGCAGAUCAGACUCAUGAUGAAAAAAAUAUUAAGACUAAACAAGGAUAUGAUUGCAUGUUUAUUAUUGAUACUGAUAGAAAAUUGCAAGCUGAACAGUACAAUUAUACUGUUUAUUUAACUAAAUUAACUCCAGAAACGUGUACUCCAAAAAACCAUUUAUUAAUUGGAGUACCAAAGAAUAAAUCAGUAAAUAUUUAUUAAAAAUUAGUUAUCGAUUAAUUAUUAUUUUAAUGCA